AUGCCCCCUUCAGCAACAACACAUCAUCCCGCCCCCGCCCUGUCCAAUGAUGCAAGCCUGCUGCAAGGCUGCGAGCCGGGGCCCCGGCUCAGGGUCGCUGCCCUACUGAGUGGGGGCGUGGACAGCAGCGUGGCCCUGGCUCUCACCCAGCGAGCCGGCCAUGAAGUCCACGCCUUCUACCUCCAGAUAUGGUUCCAGGAGGACUUUAGGAACACCUGGGCGUCCUGCCCCUGGGAGGAGGACCUGGAGCAGUGCCGGGAGGUGUGCCGGGCCCUGGGCGACAUCCCGUUGCAUGUGGUCCCCCUCACCGCCGAGUAUUGGGCCCUGGUGGUAGAGGAGUGCAUCGCCGGGGUCAGGCGCGGGCGCACGCCCAAUCCCGACAUGCUCUGCAACUCCAGGGUCAAGUUUGGGGCGUUCCACGCCUGGCUGGCACGCCAGGAGCCCGCCUUCGACCGCAUCGCCUCGGGGCACUACGCACGAGUGGAGCGGGGCGGUGCAGGCGGUACGGGCGAGGCCACACCGCACCUGGCCACCUCGCCCGAUGCGGUGAAAGACCAGACCUACUUCCUGUCUCGCCUGAGCGGCGAGCAGCUGGCACGGUGCAUGUUUCCCCUGGGCCACCUCCAGAAGACUCAGGUGCGCCAGCUGGCGGCAGAGCUACAGCUGCCGAACGCGGCGCGACGCGAGUCCCAGGGCCUCUGCUUCCUGGGCCACGUCCGGUUCGACGAGUUCAUCCGCGAGCAUCUGGGCGACUGGCCCGGGCCCAUCGUGGAGGAGGAAAGCGACACGGUGCUGGGCUACCAUCGCGGCUUUUGGUUCCACACCCUGGGUCAGCGGAAAGGCGUGCCACUGCAUGGCGGACCCUGGUAUGUCACCCGCAAGGACAUCGAGCUGAACAUUGUGUAUGUGUCGCGGGCAUACCACGAGGCCCCCAGGCCGGAUCGAUCUACCUUCCGUGUGUCCCAGCUGCAAUGGCACCGGCGGCCCGAGGCCGCCAACCCCGACGCUGCGCUGCAGCUGAGGUGCAAGGCCCGGCACGGCCCGGACAGCGUGGCGUGCACUCUGGAGAUGGCCGAUGCUGACUCAGCAUCGGGCGUCGUCACCCUGGCCACGCCCGAUCAGGGCCUGGCCCCAGGGCAGUUUGCCGUGUUCUACAAGGAUGAAAUCUGCUGUGGGUCGGGGGUCAUAGAGGGCGGAUUGUAG